UUACAUAAAAUAUGUUUGUAAUAUCAAAGAUCAUUUUGUGUCAUAUCAGUGCGUAAAACUUUCAAUCUCCUAUAUACCUUUAGAUUGAGAUAUCUAUAGAUUGUAGAUUUUGUAGUUUAUAUUACAUGUAAGGUGAAUGGAACCAAUCGAAUGAUCCCACAUUUCUAACAUAUGCGCAUGCGCAUGGGAUCCACGUUCGACUGUAUAUUGUAUAUGUACCACUCUGACAAAGUGCAUAGUUGCUAAGAAGUCUUUAUCCUGUUAAUUCCCAUUCAAUUUUAAAAUUCUUUUUAUUAAUAAUGAAAUCGCUUUUAUUAGUGGGAGUCGUAUUAGCGACCUUUUGUUCAAGUAGUAUCGCUGACGAUAAAAAAGGCCCAAAAGUUACAGAUAAGGUAUGGUUUGAUAUUAAUAUUGAUGGUAAAUAUGAAGGAAGAAUUGAAAUUGGGCUGUUUGGAAAGACAGUUCCAAAGACUGUCAAGAAUUUCAUUGAAUUAGCAAAAAAACCUCAAGGAGAAGGAUAUAAGGGUAGUAAAUUUCAUAGAGUCAUUCGUGAAUUUAUGAUCCAAGGAGGAGAUUUUACAAAAGGAGAUGGAACUGGAGGUCGCAGUAUUUAUGGAGCUCGUUUUGAAGAUGAAAACUUCAAAUUGAAACAUUAUGGUGCUGGAUGGUUGUCUAUGGCAAAUGCUGGAAAAGAUACCAAUGGAUCACAGUUCUUUAUUACUGUGAAACAAACUCCUUGGCUUGAUGGUAGACAUGUUGUAUUUGGCAAAAUAAUUAAGGGAAUGGACGUAGUAAGAAAAAUUGAAAAUGUAAACACUGAUACUCGAGAUAGACCAACAAAAGAUGUUGUAAUUGCUGAUUGUGGUGCAGAAGUAGUAGCACAACCUUUCAGUGUAUCAAAGGAAAGUGCUACUGAUUAAACAUAUUCUUAUUUUUAUGAUGAUGGAAACUAACCAUUUAUGGCUCUUAUGUAUUAAAAGAAUAAGCUUAUUUAGUUUAAUAUGUUCAUAACUUCAUAUACACUAAAAAUUCAUAAAAUGUAAUAUUUACUAACUUUGUAUAAAAAUCAUUUAGAUAUUAUUUACAUAA